GCUCUGCAACAGAUAGCUCGCUUCACCUAAUCCUCCCUUCCUCUCCUCCAUAUAUGAUCGAGUGAAACGGCGGAUACAGCUGUCGUUUUAAAGUGCUACUCCGCCACCGCCGCCGUUUGGAGGGUUCUUUUUUUUCAGUGAAGAGAGAUGUCGAGUCUCGAGGAUAUCAAGAACGAGACUGUUGAUCUGGAGAAGAUUCCCAUCGAGGAAGUUUUCCAGCAGCUGAAAUGUACCAAGGAAGGUUUAACGACCCAAGAAGGGGAAGAGAGGAUUCAGAUCUUUGGCCCCAACAAGCUCGAAGAGAAAAAGGAAAGCAAAAUCCUCAAGUUCUUGGGGUUCAUGUGGAAUCCACUCUCAUGGGUGAUGGAAGCUGCUGCGAUCAUGGCUAUUGCUUUGGCUAACGGUGAUGGUAGGCCUCCGGAUUGGCAGGACUUUGUUGGUAUCAUCUGUCUUCUUGUCAUCAACUCUACCAUCAGUUUCAUCGAAGAGAACAAUGCUGGUAACGCCGCUGCUGCUCUCAUGGCUGGUCUUGCUCCUAAAACCAAGGUUCUUAGGGAUGGGAAAUGGAGUGAACAAGAAGCUGCAAUUCUUGUCCCAGGAGACAUCGUCAGCAUCAAGCUCGGUGACAUCAUCCCUGCCGAUUGUCGUCUUCUUGAAGGUGAUCCUUUAAAGGUGGACCAGUCUGCUCUUACCGGAGAGUCCCUCCCUGUGACCAGGCACCCUGGACAAGAAGUCUUCUCUGGCUCGACCUGUAAACAAGGAGAGAUUGAGGCCAUUGUCAUCGCCACUGGUGUCCACACUUUCUUUGGCAAAGCUGCUCACCUUGUGGACAGCACAAACCAAGUUGGACAUUUCCAGAAGGUUCUCACAGCCAUUGGUAACUUCUGUAUCUGCUCCAUCGCCAUCGGUAUGGUGAUUGAGAUCAUCGUCAUGUACCCUAUCCAGCGCAGAAAGUACAGAGAUGGUAUUGACAAUCUCUUGGUCCUGUUGAUCGGUGGUAUCCCCAUUGCUAUGCCCACGGUCUUGUCUGUCACCAUGGCUAUUGGCUCUCACAAGCUUGCUCAGCAAGGUGCCAUCACCAAGCGUAUGACUGCCAUUGAGGAGAUGGCGGGUAUGGAUGUCUUGUGCAGUGACAAAACAGGAACGCUGACUCUCAACAAACUGAGUGUGGAUAAAAACUUGGUUGAGGUUUUCUGCAAGGGUGUGGAGAAAGACCAGGUUCUGUUGUUUGCGGCUAUGGCCUCAAGAAUUGAGAACCAGGAUGCCAUUGAUGCAGCCAUGGUUGGUAUGCUUGCUGAUCCAAAGGAGGCUAGAGCUGGAAUCAGGGAGGUUCACUUCCUUCCAUUCAACCCUACUGAUAAGAGAACUGCUUUGACUUACAUAGAUUCAAGUGGUAACUGGCACAGAGUCAGCAAAGGUGCUCCUGAGCAGAUCCUCGAACUUGCCAAAGCCAACAGUGACCUUAGCAAGAGGGUGCUCAGCAUUAUCGAUAAGUAUGCAGAGCGUGGUCUCAGGUCCUUGGCUGUUGCUCGCCAGGUUGUUCCUGAGAAAACAAAGGAAAGCCCAGGUGGACCAUGGGAGUUUGUUGGUUUGUUGCCACUUUUUGAUCCUCCAAGACAUGACAGUGCUGAAACCAUCAGAAGAGCUUUGAACCUUGGUGUUAAUGUCAAGAUGAUCACUGGUGACCAACUUGCUAUUGGGAAGGAGACUGGUCGCAGACUUGGAAUGGGAACAAACAUGUACCCGUCUUCUGCUCUUCUUGGAAACCACAAGGACGCAAACCUUGCUUCCAUCCCCGUUGAGGAGCUUAUCGAAAAGGCUGAUGGAUUUGCUGGAGUCUUCCCAGAGCACAAGUAUGAGAUCGUCAAGAAGUUGCAGGAGAGGAAGCAUAUUGUUGGAAUGACUGGUGAUGGUGUCAACGACGCUCCUGCUUUGAAGAAGGCUGACAUUGGUAUCGCUGUGGAUGAUGCUACCGAUGCUGCUCGUGGUGCCUCAGAUAUCGUUCUCACUGAGCCAGGACUCAGCGUUAUCAUCAGUGCUGUCCUAACCAGCAGAGCUAUUUUCCAGAGGAUGAAGAACUACACCAUCUAUGCAGUCUCGAUCACAAUCCGUAUCGUUCUUGGUUUCAUGCUCAUUGCUCUCAUAUGGGAGUUUGACUUCUCAGCAUUCAUGGUUCUGAUCAUUGCCAUUCUUAACGAUGGUACCAUCAUGACUAUCUCAAAGGACAGAGUCAAGCCAUCUCCCACACCUGAUAGCUGGAAACUUAGAGAGAUUUUCGCUACUGGAGUUGUGCUUGGAACCUACCAAGCCAUCAUGAGUGUUAUUUUCUUCUGGCUGGCACACAAAACCGACUUUUUCUCGGACAAGUUUGGUGUGAGGUCUAUCAGAGACAAUAACAAUGAGCUAAUGGGUGCGGUGUAUCUGCAAGUUAGUAUCAUUAGUCAGGCUCUGAUCUUUGUCACAAGAUCAAGGAGUUGGUCCUUUGUUGAACGUCCUGGAGUAUUACUGAUGGUUGCUUUUGUCGUUGCACAACUGGUUGCUACUUUGAUUGCUGUGUACGCCAACUGGGAGUUUGCAAAGGUUAAGGGUAUUGGAUGGGGAUGGGCUGGAGUGAUCUGGAUAUACAGUAUUGUAACAUACGUCCCACAGGACAUUUUCAAGUUUGCCAUUAGAUACAUCUUGAGUGGAAAGGCUUGGCUCAACUUGUUUGAGAACAGGGUUGCUUUAACUAACAAGAAAGAUUUUGGAAAAGAAGAGAGGGAGGCUCAAUGGGCAGUUGCUCAGAGGACACUUCACGGUUUGCAGCCAAAAGAGCCUGUUAACAUCAUUCCUGAGCAAGGAGGUUACAGAGAGUUGUCUGAGAUUGCAGAGCAAGCCAAGAAGAGAGCUGAGAUCGCUAGGCUUAGGGAGCUGCACACACUCAAGGGACAUGUUGAAUCCGUCGUGAAGCUAAAGGGUUUGGACAUUGAAACUCCCGGACACUACACUGUCUAAGUCGCAAGCAAAGAAAAAGAAGAUACCAAACAUGUGAUUUGAUCCUUUUUUAUCCCACCUUGUUUUUGUUUUUUCUUAUUCUUCAACACAUCUUAAGGUUAUUGUUUGCAUAGGGAGAGAGAGAUCUUUGUUUAUUGCCAUAACUCUUCCCCAAUUCCUAUUGUUAGUGUUCUUGUUUCUCUGAUAUGUAACCAACCUCCUUUAGAAGAAUCAAGACAUGCUUUUAUA